CGGAUUGUUGAGCAUAGAGCCGGUUUAGUCUCGUCAAUGGAAAGCACACGAGACGGUGGCAAAGCGAGUUACGGUCUAUCUUGAAAUCCGCAGCUGCAUCAUGCUGUCCAGGUCCAUCCCGUGUCUGUGGAUUACAUUUUGCCUUCGUUUAUGCUGUUAUUUAGACAGCGGGGAAGCACAGAUUGCAAAGGAAGUAAUUCUGCUGGACUCCAAGGCACAGCAGACAGAACUGGAGUGGAUCUCCCAUCCUCCCAGCGGGUGGGAAGAGAUCAGUGGCCUGGAUGAGAACUAUACACCCAUUCGUACUUAUCAAGUUUGCCAAGUUAUGGAGCCCAAUCAGAAUAACUGGCUUCGAACUAACUGGAUAGAGAAGGGCAAUGCCCAGAGAAUUUUUGUGGAAAUGAAGUUCACCUUGAGGGAUUGUAACAGCCUACCUGGUGUGGUGGGCGCUUGCAAGGAGACAUUCAACUUGUAUUAUCAAGAAACAGAUUCAGAGGUGGGCAGGAUCUUACGGGAGAACCAGUUUGUGAAAAUUGACACAAUCGCUGCAGAUGAAAGCUUCACCCAGGGCGACCUGGGCGAAAGAAAGAUGAAGCUGAAUACAGAAGUGCGUAUAAUCGGGCCCCUGUCCAGACGGGGCUUCUACCUGGCCUUUCAGGAUGUAGGGGCGUGUAUCGCCCUGGUCUCUGUCAAAGUUUAUUACAAGAAGUGUUGGUCUAUCAUCGAGAACCUGGCCACGUUCCCAGACACUGUGACAGGAUCAGAGUUCUCCUCGCUAGUGGAGGUCGAGGGCAUGUGCGUGAGCGAUGCUGAGGAGGAGGCCGACAACUCUCCCAAGAUGCACUGCAGCGCUGAGGGAGAAUGGCUGGUGCCCAUUGGGAAAUGUAUAUGCAGAGCUGGAUUUCAUCAGAAAGGAGAUGCAUGCGAACCAUGUGGUCGUGGUUUCUACAAGUCUUCCUCCCAGGACCUUCAGUGCUCUCGCUGUCCCGCUCACAGCUUCAAUGACCGUGAGGGCUCCUGGCGCUGCGACUGUGAGGACGGCUACUACCGAGCACUCUCUGACCCUCCGUCUGUGGCCUGCACAAGACCUCCCUCUGCACCACAGAACCUGGUCUACACCAUCAACCAGACCACUGUUAGCCUGGAGUGGAGCCCACCAGCUGACACGGGCGGGCGUAACGACGUCAGCUACAGGGUAAUAUGCCGGCGCUGCAGCUGGGAACCUGAGGAGUGUGUUCCAUGUGGGCCAAAUGUGGGAUACAUUCCUGCACAGUCAGGAUUAGUGGACACUUACAUGACCAUCAUGGACCUGCUUGCCCAUGCUAACUACACCUUUGAGGUGGAGGCGGUCAACGGGGUGUCGGAAUUGAGCCGCACACAAAGGCUUUUUGCAGCAGUCAGCAUUGCUACUGGCCAAGCAGCUCCAUCCCAGGUCAGUGAGGUCAUCAAGGAAAAAGUACAGCAGCGCAGCAUCCAGCUCUCCUGGCAGGAGCCCCAGCAACCCAACGGCGUCAUCACGGAAUAUGAAAUCAAAUACUAUGAAAAAGAUCAGAAGGACCGGAUCUACUCCACAGUGAGGUCCAAGUCCACAUCAGCCACAGUGAAUAACCUGAAGCCCAGCACGGCCUACGUGUUCCAGAUCAGGGCCUUCACAGAGGCAGGAUACGGCACCUACGGCCCCAGACUGGAGAUAACCACCAAGGAAGAGGCUACAGCUGCGAUUGUCUCCAGCGAGCAAAAUCCUGUCAUCAUCAUAGCGGUGGUGGCCGUAGCAGGGACCAUCAUCCUGGUGUUCAUGGUGUUCGGCUUCAUCAUUGGGAGAAGGUACGCUCUCGCGGGCCCCAUUGACUCUCCGCUCCUGCACUGCGGGUACAGCAAAGCGGAUCAGGAGGGAGACGAGGAGCUGUACUUCCAGUUUAAAUUUCCAGGCACCAAAACGUACAUUGACCCUGAAACGUAUGAGGACCCAAACAGGGCUGUCCAUCAAUUUGCCAAGGAGCUGGAUGCCUCCUGCAUUAAAAUUGAACGGGUUAUUGGAGCAGGAGAGUUUGGGGAGGUGUGCAGUGGCCGGCUGAAGCUGCCUGGAAAGCGGGAUGUGUCGGUUGCCAUCAAGACGUUAAAAGUGGGCUACACGGAGAAGCAGAGGCGGGACUUCCUGUGUGAGGCCAGCAUUAUGGGACAGUUUGACCAUCCUAAUGUCGUUCAUUUGGAAGGAGUCGUGACGAGAGGAAAACCUGUCAUGAUUGUCAUUGAGUACAUGGAGAAUGGCUCAUUAGAUGCUUUCCUCAGGAAGCAUGAUGGUCAGUUCACAGUCAUCCAGUUGGUGGGGAUGCUGCGGGGCAUAGCAGCGGGAAUGAGAUACCUUUCCGAUAUGGGAUAUGUCCAUCGAGAUCUGGCUGCAAGAAACAUCCUUGUCAACAGUAAUCUUGUAUGUAAAGUGUCGGAUUUUGGACUGUCAAGGGUGAUAGACGACGACCCCGAAGCUGUCUACACAACAACUGGUGGCAAAAUACCCGUCCGAUGGACUGCACCAGAAGCCAUCCAGUAUCGAAAAUUCACCUCCGCAAGUGACGUGUGGAGUUAUGGCAUUGUCAUGUGGGAGGUCAUGUCCUAUGGGGAACGGCCUUACUGGGACAUGUCCAAUCAAGAUGUCAUAAAGGCAAUAGAGGAGGGCUACCGUCUUCCAGCCCCCAUGGACUGUCCACCAGGCCUGCAUCAGCUAAUGCUGGAUUGCUGGCAGAAGGACAGAGCCGAACGUCCCAAAUUUGAUCAGAUUGUUGGCAUCCUGGAUAAGAUGAUCCGUAACCCUAACACCUUGAAAACCCCAGUGGGAACCUGUACAAGACCAAUUAGUCCACUGUUAGAUCAGAGCACACCAGACUUCACUGCUUUUUGCUCAGUGGGAGAGUGGCUGGAAGCCAUCAAGAUGGAGCGAUACAGAGACAACUUCACAGCAGCUGGCUACAGUUCUCUGGAAUCUGUGGCCAGGAUGUCGAUCGAGGACGUGAUGAGCUUGGGAAUCACGCUGGUAGGCCAUCAGAAAAAGAUCAUGAGCAGCAUACAGACAAUGAGAGCCCAGAUGCUGCAUCUCCAUGGCACAGGUGUUCAAGUGUGACGGAGUUCAACGGGCUGCCUCAAGCAGGGCAAAAACUGAAACAGCGCCCAGGACAUAACCGGGAUAGUUGUCAAAGUAAACGACAUCUGUCAUGUCUGACUUUUCCGGCUGUGUCUGGAUUGAAAUCAUUCCUUUGUCCCUCAGUGAAGGAUUGUGGUCUGCCUCUUCAAAAGACACUGAAGACAGAAAAGGGCAAAAUAAAAAAGAAAAAAAAGCAAUGAAAAAGAAACUACCUGGACAAGAUGACUUUAUUUUUUUUUUUUUUUUAGAAGCGCUUAAGAACUCAACCACAUAUCAAAAGGCGCAUUAAAAUGGAGUUUAAUUUAAUGAAUGAUUUAAGUGCACACCAUGGCUAAGGAUUUCCCUUAAAUCAGACAAAAACAACUUGUCUACGUUUGGUGGUUUCAUUUCUUUGUUUUUACUAAUUUGUUAAUUUUCCUUGUGUCUGCCACAGUGACAUGUUGUUGUGCAUACUCCAGUUCUUUUCUCCUCUUCUCUUUGGACUUGACAACAGGGUAAACUCUCUUUUAUCCCAAUGUAGAGGGAACAUUUUUAGGUGCAGAUUCAAAGGUACUUUUUCUGCUGCAACAUGGUGGACUGUCUGAACUGUUUGCCGUGACUUGUGUUUUUCCUUCAUGUUGCUGUUGAAGUGAAAAUCCUCACAUGCUUGUUUGCAGCCUACCGGAGUCGGCUUUUGUCAUGGCUUCAACCUUUCAGACUUUUUAUUAAGGAAUUUUCCCAAGAGUGCAAUGCUGAGGGGGCAUGAAUUGUUCUUCGAAUCACCAGACUUUUGUAUCAGAGUAGCAAUAUCUUUUGUCUUAGUGUUCAAUACAGGAAAUGCAGAAACAGCUACCUGGUUAUUCAGUAGAAUGUUUUAGCACUAUUGAAAGAUUGUAUUGAAAUUGAAGCCACCACAUAUUGUUUUGCCAUCACUUUGCCUAAAAUGUUGCACAUGGUGUUUGCUUGCUAUUGUUCAGCUGCAAAUACAGUUUAUAUGGGUGGAUCCAAGAAAGGUGUAGACAUAAUGCUGCCUUAAAAUGUGUUAAAUGAAGUCUUGCCACUAUUUUAGGCAACUGAAUGGCAAUGCUUUCUGCGGUUCAUUAUGUGACCAGACAAGCUCUCGAUUGGUGUGGUAUCUUUUUAUCUAGAGCUUGAACUGGUGAAAUCGAGUUCCAAGACAGAUUAAUACCACGAGUGACACAGUCAGCAAAGACCAGCUGGACUAAACAGAGCAAUAAUUACCAGGUAGAAAUGGUCCUCACCUGAGAUUUUUAAGGUGCUAGGUAUAAGCGCAUGUGUGUGCUGUGCUGAGACAAACCCCUUAGAAAGAUUCAGUCAUCUUCAGAAAGAAAAGGAAUGUACCUCUUUGACCUAAAAACGAUUUGGAAAGUGCUCUGAAUAACUGCUGUGCCAAGUCAUCCAAUGGAAUAAUUAUGUCGCAUUUUGCCACCAUGAUUUGCUAAAGGUUUGAUGAAAAUCUAACUUGGCAUGGAAAUGUUGAAUUGAGUGGUUGCAGAGAAGAAAGAGGCACCACUGGAAAAAGCAAAAACCAGAAAGGUGCCAAUUAGCCAUGCUGACAUCAUCCUCUGACACCAACGCUAUGCUCAGAAAUCCAACAGCCCCUUCAGGGUUUUGGGUAUGAAAAUGCAGGACCAAACAAUGGAGCCUGCAUCACACGCAGGUUGUGAUGUUCAAUCCCAUCAUUCAGGCACUGUAGACUGCUAUGCCUACUCACUUGUUUAUUCAUGCAUCUCCAUGGCUCAUCCCUCACAGGCGUAGAUGUGAUGGAACAUGCAUUAAAAUGUCUCUUAAGAUUGUUCCUCUUUUCUUCCAUACAGCUUUGUAUGGUGAACACAGACAAGGAUUGGGGGGUGGGGAGUGUCUUUGCAGAAUAUGUGCUAAAAGCCAAUCAGCCUAUUUGGUGCCAUCUGUCUCCACUUCAAAUGCAAAAAAAGAAAGUUUCCAUGUUGAAUGUGUUUUAGUGCAGCAUUCUUUGAUAGGAAAAUGCAGUUAUUCAGUUGUCAUGUAAAGAAAAGUGGUGUUCAAAGAAGAAACCAUUAAAAAAACUUAUUUUAUUGGUGCUGUAGCCAGAGAGAUAAAUACAGUCACAAGAAAAAGUAAUGGCAUUGUUUGCAAUUUCCUGGUGUUCUGCAU